CAGUGCAUGAAUUUGAAGAUAUAAUAAGAAAACAAAAGCGACUCAGUCAAGUAGUAAUGAGGAAGGGGGAAGCAGAAAAAGAAAAGGUGGAAAAACAGAGGGAAAGGGAGAAGACUGAAGAGGGAUAAAGGCAAAGCACAGAAAAGGAAGGAGUGGGGAAGAGUGUGGGUUAUGUACUGUCUUGCCUUGUCCCCUCCACCCAACACCAAACCCUCUCUCUCUCUAAAACCCUUUCUCUCUCAUAGCAAUAGGAAGAGCAUCCAUCCGUCCUUAGUUCCUCCCACUGUCACACAUUUGCCUUUUUCCUCAUUUAUUUAUCUAAAUUGCCCAAAGAAAAAAAUGGGAAAAGAUCCUGAAUGUGGUGGUGGUGGUGGGGUUUUUGCCUGGUUCUGGCCUGGGGUUUGGCUUUAGCUCCUCUCAUGACUGUGUUUCCUAAGCAAUUGUCUAUUUCUCCUGUUGCUGGCUCUGAUUCUACUACUACUGCUUCUGCUUUUAUCAGUAAAAAUGGUGGAGAAGGAGGAAGAGUCCUACUUUGAAUUCCUUGUUAUCAUUUAGAGUCUUCCCUUUCAGUUUCUCCUUUCACCAUCUCUCCCAUUUUCCUCUCUUCUCUCCUUCUCAGAAUCAAGCUUUGUUUGUCUCUGCCUCCGCCUGCAGGCACGCCAUUUCUCCCACAAAAACAAGAGGUAAAAAAUAGAAAACAGUAAUGAAAAAUAAAGGAUGACCCUUCCCUUUCUUGUUCCUUUCUUUUCAUCUUCUUCUCCAACACCACUGUUUUAGCCUUUUCCCAUUCCCUCCCUCAAUUGCUUCCCCCCCAUGAUUUGACCCUCAUUUCCCACAAUUCUCUCUUUCCCUUUCCCCCCUUUCUUUCUUCAUUGCUGGGAUUGAUACCAUCUUUUCCCUUCUCUAAUUCCCUUCUGUUAGGAUGGUUGCUAUGCGGUUGAUACAGUACAAGUUCUGAACUUUUUUUUAACCCUCUUUCCAAUAAACAGUAAAGUCCUUUUUUUUUGCUCUUGGAGAAUUUCUCUGUUCUUUUAGAACACUGGCACAGGAGGGUGUUCCAUGGAAAUUGAUCUGAACCAUGCAGUGACUGAGGUGGAGAAGUAUGCGUUCCAUACUACUGCUGCUGCUGACAAGAACAAGAAGAAGACCAACAGUAUCAACAAUGGGAAUUCUUCAUCUUCGUCAUGUUCCUCCAAAAAUUCAUCUGACUCCCCAAUGGCAUCUACCAUUUACCUGGAACUGUGGCACGCCUGCGCUGGCCCUCUCACUUGUCUCCCAAAGAAAGGGAAUGUGGUUGUGUACUUCCCUCAGGGUCAUUUGGAGCAGCUUGCUUCUUCCCCUCUUUACUCCCAUGUGGAAAUGCGCUCCACCUUUGGUCUUCAUCCCCAAAUCUUCUGCAAAGUUGUGAAUGUUCACCUACUUGCCAAUAAGGAGAAUGAUGAGGUCUACACUCAGCUUAGCUUGCUUCCUUUGCCAGAGAUGGUGGGUGGAAAGUUAGAAAGUAAAGAACUUGAAGGGUUAGGAGUGGAUGGUGAUGGUGGUGGAGAUUCCCCUCCAAGAUCAACUCCUCAUAUGUUUUGUAAGACACUCACAGCUUCUGAUACUAGCACGCAUGGAGGUUUUUCUGUUCCUCGUAGAGCUGCUGAGGACUGUUUUCCUCCUUUGGAUUACAACCAGCAAAGACCUUCACAAGAGCUCGUGGCCAAGGAUCUUCAUGGAGUGGAGUGGAGAUUUCGACAUAUUUAUAGAGGUCAACCAAGAAGGCAUCUGCUCACUACUGGAUGGAGCAUUUUUGUGAGUCAAAAGAACCUUGUUUCUGGGGACGCUGUCCUAUUUCUGAGGGGUGAGGAUGGUGAGUUGAGGCUUGGCAUCCGAAGGGCUAUUCGACCUAGAAAUGGCAUUCCUGAUGCAGUCUUCAAGAAGCAGAAUUCUUACCCUAAUGUUCUUUCCUUAGUGGCUAAUGCAACAUCCACCAAGAGCAUAUUCAAUGUUAUUUACAGUCCAAGGGCCAGUCAUUCUGAGUUUGUUGUGCCUUACCAGAAGUAUAUGAAAAGCAUAACAAACCCAGUUUGUCCAGGAACAAGAUUCAGAAUGAGAUUUGAAAUGGAUGAUUCUCCAGAAAGAAGGUGUAGUGGAGUGGUAACAGGAGUCAGUGAUUUCGAUCCUUACAGAUGGCCCAAUUCGGAAUGGAAGUGCUUCAUGGUCAGGUGGGAUGAAAAUGUGGUUCCCAACCAUCAAGAUCGUGUUUCACCCUGGGAAAUUGAUCCUUCCGUGUCCCUUCCACCGUUAACCAUUCAACCUUCUUCAAGGCUGAAGAAACUACGAACCGGUCUGCAUCCAAUCCCACCCGAUAACCCUGGACCCGGAGGGAGCGGGUGCCUCGACUUUGAGGAGUCAAUCAUAAGACCCUCUAAGGUCUUGCAAGGUCAAGAAAAUGUUGGUUUUGUUGUCUCAUCACCUCUGUUUGGACGUGAGACAACGAACCACCGUCCACCACCGGACUUUGAGGUCGCUAGACGACUUCAAAAUCCCAUUUUAGCAGGAACGCCAAAGGCAAUGAUGAACAUUGGUGAGGUUGUUACAAGACCACACCACCCUCACCCUGCUGCUAUUUACUCAGGCUUUACGGAAUCUGAUAGAUUCUCAAAGGUCUUGCAAGGUCAAGAAAUAUGCCAAUUGAGAUCCCUCACAGCCAAAGGAGGUGAUCUUGAUUUUGGUGCUUGGAGAAACCCCAACAUAUAUCCAACACCACCUAGAGCCAACAAUAACAACUUCUUCACUCUGGCAACUACUGACAGUCUGAAUAGAAGUUUGUAUUUCCCUUAUGGAGAUGUCUGCAAAACUGUUCAAGAUCCUGGAGCUCAUCCUUACGUGACAAGAAACUUCCACUUCAAUGCAUCUCCCAUACAAGUCGACGUCGUAAAUGUUGGGGAUGAAGAAGUUGGGAAGAUAAAACUGCAACCACCAAGCGAGCAGCAUAACCCGAAAGCGAACCCAAACAAUGAGGCAUCUUUUGCUGGGAAUGCCACUGGAUGCAAGCUAUUCGGUUUCACGUUGACCGCAGCUGAAGUGUCAGCAGCAACAAGCUCACAAAACUCUGGUAAGAGGAGCUGUACUAAGGUGCACAAGCAAGGCAGCUUGGUUGGUCGCGCUAUUGAUCUAUCGAGGCUGAAGAGCUACGACGACCUGUUGAUUGAGCUGGAGCGUCUGUUUAGUAUGGAGGGUCUGCUACGUGAUCCCAUGAAAGGGUGGAGGAUUUUGUACACCGACAGUGAGGAUGAUGUGAUGGUAGUUGGCGACGAUCCCUGGCACGAGUUCUGUACUGUGGUGACGAAGAUUCACAUCCACACUAAAGAAGAGGUGGAGAAGAUGACACUAGGAAUGAUGGGCGACGAUAACCGGAGCUGUUUGGAUCAAGGACCAGCAGUAAUGGAGGCAUCCAAGUCAUCGUCUGUUGGCCAGCCGGAUUCUUCUUCCACUGUAGCAAAAGCUUGAGAAGUCAAAAACAUGCACUAGGCUAUCUUGAGCUCUGGUUGUUUGUAUCUUUUUUUAGAAUCUACGAUGACAUUGACACCUUAGAGAGGUUGUCUAGGUUGUUUGAAUAAAUGUUGCACUCGCAG